AUGCCUGUCGACGACAACAUCUGGAACUUGAACAGCUCCUCGGAUCGACAGCAUACAGAGGCCUAUGGCUCAACAGAGAUCUUUGAUGCCACCAACUAUACCUUCCCACGGCAGAGAAUCCCACACCAAAUGAAAGAAAUGGCCCGAGACCACGUUUUGGAAAACACCGACUUUGAAAUCAUGGGAGGGUACUUUUCACCCGUGUCCGACUUUUAUCAGAAGCAAGGACUGGCAGAGGCAAAACAUCGUGUGCGCAUGUGCGAGCUGGCAGUCGAAAAGUCAAGCACAUGGUUGAUGGUCGACAGCUGGGAGAGUCUGCAGACAAGUUACCAACGCACCGCUAUUGUUCUGGAUCACUUUCAGUACGAGCUCAACGGCGCCGACGGCGAAGGUGGCGUCAAGCUGAAGAAUGGCGAGUACAAGCCGAUCAAAAUUAUGCUUCUUGCUGGUGGAGACUUGGUCCAGUCCUUUGCCGCUCCCGAUGUCUGGGCUACUGCCGAUCUUCACCACAUUAUCGGAAAAUACGGAUGUUUGAUUCUGGAGAGAACAGGAUCAGAUGUGUAUGAGUUCCUGCUGUCGCACGACGUCCUGUACAAGCACCGGCGCAACGUCUUUGUGAUCAAGCAGCUCAUCUAUAACGAUAUCAGCUCGACAAAGAUCAGGCUCUUCAUCCGCCGAGGCAUGUCGAUCAAGUACCUCUUGCCAACGGCAGUGAUCGACUACAUCUAUGAACAGAGGCUGUACACAGACUAG